AUGGGGCUGGCAAAUCCGCCCCACGAGCCGCGCCACCGUCUGCGGCCACGCGGGGGCGCGCGGGAGGGUGCAGCGGGGAACGCAGGGAAGGCCGUCUUUAGAGCGGGUAGGUUCAUCUCCCAGGAGCAGGAUCCUAAGAGCCCACUGCCUUGCUGCGCCUUCACACCUAACAGCGGCAAGCUGCAGGGAGGGAGGAGGGCGGCGCAUCCGGACAGCAGCCUGGGCGCCUCCCCUCCCCCACGCCCGCUGUCCGGGGUGCGCAGCGCACCCCCCACCCCAAGCCGCGCAGGCUGCAGGAGCAUCUGUUGCCAUGGUUACCCGCUGCGUUCCGCUCCUCCCGCCGCCCGAGGUCCCCGCGUCGCCGGCUGCGAGCGCCACAGUCCGCUGAGCCCGGAGCUGCGGGCGCAGGCACAACCCGCAGCGGGGGCGCACCAGAGUCUGCGCACGCGCAGCAGGCUGCUGUUCCCCAUUCCUCUGUUAGCAGCAGGCGGCAGGUUCCUUCGCCCUCUCUGCAGCCAGACCUUGCGGAGUCACUUCAGGGGCGGGGCGGCCUUCCGCGGUGCGCACCCCCGACGGGACCAUCAGCGCAGCGGCCCCAGGCCCCGGCACCCUGCACACGCCCAGAAGCGCCCCCGCACCCGCAUCCCCGAGGGCCCUGGCGCCCGCACCGCCAAAGCACAACGGGCCGGGUCCGAGGGUGUCCGGCUGAGCAGCGUGGGCGAGCAGGUCUUCGCCGCCGAGUGCAUCCUGAGCAAGCGGCUCCGCAAGGGCAAGCUGGAGUACCUGGUCAAGUGGCGCGGCUGGUCCUCCAAACACAACAGCUGGGAGCCAGAGGAGAAUAUCCUGGACCCACGGCUGCUCCUGGCCUUCCAGAAGAAGGAACACGAGAAGGAGGUGCAGAACCGGAAGAGAGGCAAGCGGCCCAGGGGUAGGCCGAGGAAGCACACAGUGAUGUCCUCCUGCAGCCGGCACUCCAAGCUCAAGGAAUCUGACGCCCCCUCCAAAUCCAAAUCCAGCAGCUCCUCCUCUUCCUCCACAUCUUCCUCCUCUUCCUCAGAUGAGGAGGAUGACAGCGACCUAGAUGCCAAGAGGGGCCCCCGGGGCCGUGAGACCCACCCAGUCCCCCAGAAGAAGGCCCAGAUCCUGGUGGCCAAGCCUGAACUGAAGGAUCCCAUCCGAAAGAAGCGAGGCCGCAAGCCCCUGCCCCCAGAGCAGAAGGCAGCCCGAAGACCAGUGAGCUUGGCCAAGGUGCUGAAGACCGCCCGGAAGGACCUGGGGGCCCCAGCCAACAAGCUGCCCCCUCCUCUCAGCGCCCCUGUGGCGGGCCUGGCAGCCCUGAAGGCCCAUGCCAAGGAGGCCUGCGGUGGCUCCAGCACCAUGGCCACCCCAGAGAACCUGGCCAGCCUGAUGAAGGGCAUGGCCGGCAGCCCCAGCCGGGGCGGCAUCAGCUGGCAGAGCUCCAUCGUGCACUACAUGAACCGGAUGAGCCAGAGCCAGGCCCAGGCCGCCAGCAGACUGGCACUCAAGGCCCAGACCGCCGGCAAGUGCAGCCUCGGGCUGGACCUCAAGGUGAGGACGCAGAAGGGGGAGCUGGGGAUAAGUCCCCCAGGAAGCAAAGUCCCAAAGGCCCCUGGCAGCGGGGCUAUGGAGCAGAAAGGGGGAAGCGCAGGGGGUUCCCCACACAUCCACAGCAGCAGCAAGAUCCCUGCUGGGUGCCUGGGCCCCCAGCCUGCACCCACCCAGGAGCUGAGCCUCCAGGUCUUGGACUUACAGAGUGUCAAGAACGGCACACCUGGGGUCGGCGUGGUUGCUCGCCAUGCUACAGCCACCAAGGGCAUCCCUGCUACUAACCCAGCCACUGGGAAGGGCGCCGGGGGUGGCUCCACCAUGGGGAGUGGGGCCGGCAUGUCCACUGACACCAGUAAGAGUGAGAAGCUGGGCUCCAGGGCAGCAACUCUGCCCAGCCCUGCAGGCAAGAGGGACUGUGUCAAGGGCAGUGCAGUCCUUGGUGGGCAGGAGGGCCACACAGCCUCUGGAGAAGUGCGCAAAGCGGCCGCGCUGUCAGAGAUGAGCACUGGCGAGGAGAACAGCAGCUCUGACUCAGACCCCGACUCUGCCUCGCCACCCAGCGCUGGACAAAACCUCUCCGUGUCUGUCCAGACUAGCCAGGACUGGAAGCCCACUCGAAGCCUCAUUGAGCACGUCUUUGUCACCGACGUCACUGCCAACCUCAUCACGGUCACAGUGAAGGAGUCCCCCACCAGCGUGGGCUUCUUCAACCUGAGACAUUACUGAUGCCCUAAGGCUGCCAGGUCUAGCCUGCCAUUCUCUGGCUUUUGAUAAGUGACCUGGACCCCGGCCCUGCCUGUGACUUCUGGCAGGAGUGGUACCUUGAUGCCUUGCUGGGCCCAGCCUUGCCCUUGUUCCUACCUCUGGGCCUUCACUUCGCUUCCCAUUUGCCUCAGGAAGUCUGGGUGGCCCCCUGUGGCUCUGACCGAAUGUUUCUCAAGCCCCUCCAGUGGUUGUGCUGUUGGAACUGCCCGCUCUGGCCUGUGAUGACAGAUUGGUGGUCACCUUCCUCCCCGUUUCCCAGGGGCACAGGUGUUAGAGGAGGGAGCUCCUCCUGGUCCAGUUUGGCUGUUCCUGCCCAGCAGUGGGGAGAGUGGAUUGCGGGGUGGGAGAAAGCAGGGCCUUGGGGGACUGCUCCAGGGAGGGCUCGAUGAAAUUUUU